AUGUCUACUUCCUCCGAGUCCUCAGGGUCGCCGGGCUCGCCCAAUGGCACAGCUCUGAUCUGGAUCUUUGACCAUUGUCUUCGCUAUCCGGGCACGUACGAAAUACCGCUGCGCACAAUGUACACGAUCAAUUGCAACCCGACCAAAACUUCGAUCUCCAGCAGCCGCUCCGCAGAGACGGCUUUUUCUCCCCGCAACUCCACCUCCACCAAAUCCUCCCGCUCUUCCGAUAGCUCCAUUGAUGCAGCCGCCGACUUUCGCUCGCAACUGAUCCACCAAAUCUCGAAUCUACCAACCCAACCCUGCUCUCUUCCUGCGAGCUUUCUGACCUCCUUCUUGCGUCGUUGCUUUACACCCAAGUUGGAGAAUGUGGAUUUCCCCCAGGCCCUUGCCGCUGUCGACUACUUGAGAGACCUCGAGAAUCGUUGGAAAAAAGAAUUUGAAGCUGCUCUGAAGCGAUUGGGAUUCAACCGCGAGGAUGCAGAGAAACUCAUGGACCCGGAGAUGAGAAAGCAAUACCCCGGUGUUAUUGCUUGGAUUCAGACUAUGUCAACGAAAGCUCGCACCGUUGAGGCCUUGUACACCCAGAUUUACGUCGGUCUUCGUCGUUGGAUACUCAUUAAUGAUCUGCUUCUUGAGCCCCAAAACAAAGUCAACCAUAUUGCCAUGCUCAACACCUUGUACCCACCUGUCACCGAUGCCACCAUGAUGCCCACCCCUCAAUUGACUCGUCAUAUCCUCAAGAAGCACCGCGAUGGUUUCUUCAACUACAUCAACGCGGUUGCUAACCGUGGAAAGGAGGCCUUGGAUCCUGUCAUCUCCCAGGGUGCGCCCGAAGGCGAGGAAACCUCCUGGCCCUUGGUUCACGACAGCUUGGAGCGAUAUCUGGAUCAGGCUAACGAGAUAAUCGAUGAAUGUCUUCUGGUUACCGAGCCUUCGCACCUGGCGGAAGACGGGUCCCCCCACCGUCACAAGAACCGCAAGGUCGACUCUGGUAUCAGCUUCGGUUCCUCUACCACCGACGUGAGCAUUGGCGAAGACGUGACUGAAAAACCGCUUCCUCAAUUCCCUGUUCCGAAGAACAAUCAAGAUAAGCCGGGGUCUUUUCUUGAGCGCAUCGCUCGCGAACGCCCGGUCCAAGAACCUCAAAAGAUGAAAUCCAGCACUACUUUGAAUGCUCGGCCUGGUAGCCAGCAAAGCUAUGCUGAAAGUUCCUUCUUUGAAAUCGAUGAGCAAAAGCGCCGCCGCUUGAUUGGCGAGGCGACUCGCCGCAAAUACACCCAGUCCAACGCUUCUAGCUCCUCCUGA